CCAGGCCGUGCGUCGGGAUCAGCGGGGUCGCGGCGGCCGCCGUGCUGGUCCUCGGCCAUGUGGCGCAGCGGCUGGAGGGCGAGGGGCGCGCUGCGGGGCCUCGGCGGCCGCGCGGACCUCAGAGCAUGGAGGUGGGAGAGCAGCGCGGCCUGUGAGAGGGCGCUGCGGUACCAGGUCGGAGAGAAGCUCCACGGGUUCACUGUCAGCCAGGUAACGGCCGUCCCCGAGCUGUCCCUGACGGCCGUGAGGCUCAGCCACGAUGGCACGGGCGCGCAGUACCUGCACCUGGCCAGGGAGGACAGAAACAACACCUUCAGCGUGCAGUUCCGCACGACCCCUGCGGACAGCAGCGGCGCACCCCACAUCCUGGAGCACACGGUCCUGUGCGGCUCCCAGAGGUACCCCUGCAGGGACCCCUUCUUCAAGAUGCUGAACAGGUCGCUGUGCACGUUCAUGAACGCCUUCACGGCUAGUGACUACACGCUGUACCCGUUCUCCACACAAAACCCCAAGGACUUCCAGAACCUCCUGUCUGUGUAUCUGGACGCGGCCUUUUUCCCCUGCUUGCGGGAGCUGGAUUUCUGGCAGGAAGGAUGGCGGCUGGAGCACGAGGACCCCAGCGACCCGCAGACGCCCUUGGUCUUCAAAGGAGUCGUCUUCAACGAGAUGAAGGGCGUGUUUGCGGAUAACGAGAGGAUAUUCUCGCAGCACCUUCAGAACCGACUGCUUCCCGACCACACGUACGCGGUGGUCUCUGGAGGGGACCCCCUGUGCAUCCCGGACCUCACGUGGGAGCAGCUGAGGCGCUUCCACGCCACCCACUACCACCCCAGCAACGCCAGGUUCUUCACGUACGGGAACUUUCCGCUGGAACAGCAUCUGAGACAAAUUCAUGAAGAAGCGCUGAGUAAGUUUCAGAAAAUCGAGCCCCGGACGGCGGUGCCGGCCCAGAAGCCCUGGGACCAGCCAAGAGAGUUCCAGAUCUCGUGCGCCCCGGACUCGCUGGCCGCCGGCUCCUCGGGACAGACCACCGUCAGCGUCAGCUUCCUCCUGCCACACAUCACCGACACGUUUGAAGCCUUCACGCUGAGCCUCCUGUCUUCGCUCCUGGUCAGCGGCCCCAGCGCCCCCUUCUAUCAGUCCCUCAUCGAGUCUGGGCUCGGCACGGGCUUCUCUCCCGACGCCGGGUACAACGGCUGCACGCGGGAGGCCUACUUCAGCGUGGGCCUGCAGGGGGUCGCGGAAGAGGACGUCGGGGCAGUCCGCGACCUCGUGGACAGGACGCUGGAUGGCGUCAUCGAGAAAGGAUUUGAAGCUGAUCGGAUCGAAGCUUUGCUCCAUAAGAUUGAGAUACAGAUGAAGCACCAGUCGGUCAGCUUCGGACUCGCCCUGACGCUGCACAUAGCUUCCUGCUGGAACCACGACGGGGACCCCGUGGAGCUCCUAAAGCUGGGCGCUCAGGUGGCGCAGUUCAGGAAGUGCCUGGAGGACAAUCCAAAGUUUUUGCAAGAAAAAGUGCAACAGUAUUUUAAGAAUAAUCAGCACAAGUUGACUUUAUCAAUGACGCCUGAUGACAAGUAUUCCGAGAAGCAAAUGCAGAUGGAAGCGGAAAAACUGAAGCAAAAGGUCAGCUCUCUUUCGCCGGAGGACAAGCAGCGGCUCCACGAGAAAGGUUUAGAAUUGCAGGCGCAGCAGAGUCAGCCGCAGGACGCGUCCUGUCUGCCCGCCUUGAAGGUGUCUGACAUCGAGCCCCGCAUCCCGGCCACGGACUUGGAGGUGGCAACGGCAGCUGGGGACGUGCCCGUGCAGUGCUGCGCCCAGCCCACCAACGGCCUGGUCUACUUCAGGGCCUUCGCGAGCCUCAACACGGUGCCCGAGGAGCUGCGGCCGUACGUGCCGCUCUUCUGCAGCGUCCUCACCAAGCUGGGCUGCGGCAGCCUCGACUACAGGGAGCAGGCGCAGCAGGUGGAGCUGAAGACGGGGGGCCUGGCCGCCAGCCCGCAGGUGCUUCCCGACGACACGCACCUCGACACCUACGAGCAGGGUGUGCUCUUCUCGUCUCUCUGCCUCGACAGAAACCUCCCCGACAUGAUGCGUCUGUGGAGUGAGAUCUUUAACAGCCCCCGCUUGGAGGAGGAGGAGCGCUUCCGCGUGCUGGUGAAGAUGACGGCCCAGGAGCUGGCCAACGGCGUCCCCGACUCGGGCCACCUGUACGCGUCCACCAGGGCGGGCAGGACCCUGGCGUCCGCAGGGGACCUGCAGGAGGCCUUCGGGGGCAUGGACCAGGUGACGGGCCGCACCUCCCAGGGAAAGCCCUGCUGGCGCGUGCGCCUCUUCCCAGCCCAGGGCCCACCCCUGCCCUCUCCAGGCCGGGCCCCCGCGGCCCCGCAUCGGGGACCCCCUCUGCCUGGGCCGCGGUCUCAUCCGUCCGUCCCGGCUCAGGUGAGGCUCAUGAAGAGGAUCGCGGAGACGGCUGACCUCACGCCCGUCCUGAAGAAGCUGCCGCGCAUCAAAAAGCACUUACUGAACCGGGACAGCUUGAGAUGUGCAGUGAACGCCACACCCCAGCAGAUGCCUCAGGCCCAGAGGGCCGUGGACGGCUUCGUCCGGAGCCUGAGCCGGAGCCAGAAGGAGAGGAAGCCGGUGCGCCCGCAGGUGGUGGAGAAACCCGCCCCUGGCGCAGCCGGCGGGAGCGCCCCAGUCCUGAGGAAGCUGGUGACGGACCCCACCUUCAAGCCCUGCCAGAUGAAGACGCAUUUCCUGCUCCCGUUCCCCGUGAACUACGUGGCCGAGUGUGUGAGGACCGCCCCGUACACGGACCCCGACCACGCCAGCCUUCAGGUCCUGGCCCGCUUGAUGACUGCCAAGUUCUUGCACGUGGAAAUUCGAGAGAAAGGCGGUGCUUACGGCGGAGGCGCUCGGCUCAGCCACGGUGGGAUAUUCACGCUCUUCUCCUACAGGGACCCGCGCUCCAUGGAGACGCUGCAGUCCUUUGCGGAGGCCGUGGACUGGGCCCGGUCCGGGCGCUUCACGCAGCAGGACAUUGACGAGGCCAAGCUCUCCGUCUUCGCCAGCGUGGACGCUCCCGUGGCUCCUUCAGACAGAGGGCUGGACCACUUCCUGUACGGCCUCUCGGAUGAGAUGAAGCAGGUGCACCGCGAGCAGCUCUUUGCCGUCUGCCGCGAGGGGCUGGUGGACGUGAGCAACAGGUACCUGGGCACCGGGAGGAGCACACGCGGCGUGGCGCUGCUGGGACCAGAAAACUCGAGGAUCGCGAAGGACCCAUCCUGGAUCAUACGAUAGCAGGUGUCCUCAGGCCGGGGAUCGCGUCUGAGCUGUAACCGCGACAGCGCCCAGGCCGGGGCUCACACCUGUGUCUGCAGCUGCCCGAGCCCCUGCAGUCGGGUUCUUAACCCACCACACCACAGCGGGAACUCCAUCCAGCCUUUAAGUUAUUUCUGCUUAGACAAGUCUUGAUCAUGUGUGUAUCUUAGAAUUUGCCUAAGGUCUGCCCUGGCAGGUCAGGGUCUUGAAGAAAUAGUCUCGCACUGAUUGCUGGAGAUGCACAAACUAUAAUUUAAGGUUUUUUAAUUAUAUAAAUGCUUAUUUUACUUUAUUAAUCCUAGAAUAUGUAUUUUAAAAAUAAAAGCUGACUCUGGCCUA